UCCCGCAGCACUUGCUUCUGCCUGCGGUCACACAUCUUGUUGCCAGAACUUCAGUGUCGCGGUAACACUGGAUCUCAUUGUUAUUCAUUCACGCUCUGCGUCUUUUUCGUUUGAUUGAGUUUAUUUUGCAUAACAUCCCACAGAGGCGAAGAUGUUUUCUGGGUGCACAUUUUCUGUUUUUUCUCGCAUGUCCAUGGAGUCGCUUUUUGAUGUUUUGUUGUGGACGCUUCAGGAGCACUGAUCCAUCAGCCUUAACGUCGGCUUAACCUCUCAGCUGUAAAGAUAAGAUUCUUAUUUAGAAGCGGUUAUAUAAUCAGGUAAACACUGGCGGAUUUUGCGACCAUCUUUCAGGUAGCCUACGUUUAACGGCCUGUUUAUUGUUUACCCAGUCAUAUUCUGUUGUAUUAAGACAAUUCCCGUCCGUGUUCAUGCCAGAUCUGCAGCGCUUUAGUUUUCCAUACCAUAGCAUGAAUCCUUUGUUGGGUGCCAAUACGUAUCUUCAACAGCAUCCGCAGCAGAGCCAAGCUACCGGACACCCAGACUCUCCCUCAGGUCUCCUGUCCGACGCCGUUUUGGGUGGACCGGACCCGGCGUCUUUAUUACUGGGUGAGCAGCCCGGCCCAGGGCCUGAUCAACCAGGGCCUGACUUCACCGCACCCUCGCAGACCUCACCUUACCUCCACCACAACCCCAGCAGCCACUACCAGCAGCGCUCUGUGCCGCAUCCCCCCGCAGCCAUGGCUCUCAGAAACGACUUGGGAUCCAACAUCAGCGUCCUCAAAACUCUCAAUCUGAGGUUCAGAUGCUUUUUGGCCAAAGUACACGAGUUAGAGCGCAGAAAUAAGAUUUUGGAGAAGCAGCUGCAACAGGCGCUGGAUGCCAACAAUGGUUGUCAAGGUGGAUGCUGUGAGAGCAGGGCGCAUACCCAAGAGGCAGGUGUGCAGACUGGAUUUGUUGGGACCAUACAGUUUAGACCUGGUUCCCUCCCCUUCCACAACACCAACAACUCAGCCAGGAGACCUACAACACUAUUCCCACCACCACUCUCAGCUACAGUUGCACCCGCGGCUGUUGAAAACUCCAGUUCAACCCAAACAAAUACCACUUGUAACCCAGCCAUUACCAUCAGCCAGUCCUCUCCCUGUGUGGACUCCCCUGGCUCUGCUGCUAAAACUGUCCCCAACACCAGCGCAGGCCCGGGUGGCUCCGCCAACCCUCCUCCACGGUUCCUCCCGGGCACCAUCUGGUCCUACAAUCACACCCGCAAGUUUGGCCCCGGUGCGGAGCGUCUGACCAGCCCAGGAGUGUCCUGGAUGCACCCUGAUGGAGUCGGGGUCCAGAUCGAUACCAUCACCCCUGAGAUAAGAGCCCUGUACAAUGUCCUGGCCAAGGUGAAGAGGGAGAGAGACGAGUAUAAACGCAGAUGGGAAGAAGAAUACACUAUGAGGAUGGACCUGCAGCAGAAAAUUGCGGACCUACAAGAGGACCUGCAGGAGAGUGAAGGCUGCCAGGACGAGCUGGCUCUCAGAGUCCAGCAGCUGAAGGCGGAGCUGGUUCUCUUCAAAGGCCUCAUGAGCAAUAACCUGUCAGAGUUGGACAGUAAGAUCCAGGAGAAAGCCAUGAAGGUGGACAUGGACAUCUGCCGCAGGAUCGAUAUCACCGCUCGUCUCUGCGACGUAGCUCAGCAGAGGAACUGUGAAGAUGUGAUCCAGAUGUACCAGGUUCCUAACAACCAACCGUCUCUAAACUGCCGCCGGAAGCAAACUCCCCAGUCCUUCAAUGGAAGUGAGUGUGACGAGCCUGUCAGCACCUCUGAAAGUGAUGGGGGCGUGGUCAAAGAUGAAGAACAUUGUGGCUCAUCAGCCAAUCAGAUCAACGAGGAGAUGCAGAGGAUGCUGAACCAUUUGCGGGAAUGUGAGUUUGAGGAUGACUGCGAUAGUCUGGCCUGGGAGGAGACAGAAGAGACACUGCUUCUUUGGGAGGACUUCCCAGGAUGCACUCUGCCUCCUGACCCCACCCACCCACCAGGAGAGGAGGACUGUCUGGAAAAGGUGAUUAAUGACACCGAAUGUCUUUUCAAGUCCAGAGAGAAGGAAUACCAAGAGACAAUUGACCAGAUUGAGCUGGAACUGGCUACAGCGAAGAGCGACAUGAACCGACAUCUGCACGAGUACAUGGAGAUGUGCUCGAUGAAGAGAGGUCUAGAUGUUCAGAUGGAGACCUGCAGGAGACUCAUCACGCAGAGCGGAGACAGUAACCCUGUUGCACCUCCGUCCACUGAGGACAGCGACCAGAGAGAGAGCGACAGGUCUUCAGCAUCUCCACCUUCUUCCUCGAGCGCUGGGAGAUCUUGACACUUCCUCACUCCGGCAGCAAUGGCGAGGGGCCUCCAAUGCAUCCAGCUUCGGUACCAGACCAGCGCGAUACACACCUGUAACUAUGGCAACACCGUGUUUACGUAUGAUCCUGUUCAUUUACUGAGUCACAUUGUUCAUUCUUUCUGAUGUUCACGCAAAACAGCUUUGGUCUGAGGGGACUUUCAGUACUGUGUAUCGGAGCUGAAUUUCUGUCAUUACUGCUCCCCUCUGCAGAUGUCGUUGCCCUGCAAGGGAGAGAUGGUUCUUGUAGUUGGACCCUGUCAUCAUGCAUUUGACAGUGGUAGUGAAUC